CAGCCCACACCCGGAGUGCUCUAGGCUCCGCGCCACCCCUCGCAAGUCCCGCCGGCUGGCUCAUCCAGCGGCCGCGCGCAGCUCGUCCAGCAGAGCGCAGCCAGGCUCACACGACAUGAGCGUCCGGACAGGGCACUGAGCUGUGGCGACAAUGUCGUGGCGCGGGACCCUUGGCCCCGGUUGGAGGCUUCUGCUGGCGCUGCUGCUGGCGCUGGGUGAGCUGCCACAGGCGCGGGGCGUCGAGGAGGACCCUGUUGUCGAACACGACAAAAACCAGGGCUUCCAUGUGGUCACCUUCAAAUGGCACCAUGUCCAGGACCCGUACAUCAUCACGCUUUGGAUCCUCGUGGCCAGCGUGGCCAAGAUCGGCUUCCACCUGUCCCACAAGGUCACCAGCGUGGUCCCUGAGAGUGCACUGCUCAUCGUGCUGGGCCUCGUGCUAGGCGGCAUCGUCUGGGCGGCCGACCACAUCGCAUCCUUCACGCUCACACCCACCGUCUUCUUCUUCUACCUGCUGCCACCCAUCGUGCUGGACGCUGGCUACUUCAUGCCCAACCGGCUCUUCUUCAGCAACCUGGGCACCAUCCUGCUAUAUGCUGUCAUCGGCACCGUGUGGAAUGCGGCCACCACUGGCCUUUCUCUCUAUGGCGUCUUCCUGAGUGGUCUGAUGGGAAACCUGGAGAUUGGGCUGUUGGAUUUCCUCCUGUUCGGCAGCCUGAUCGCUGCGGUGGACCCGGUGGCCGUCCUGGCGGUGUUUGAGGAGGUUCAUGUCAACGAGGUCCUGUUCAUCAUUGUCUUUGGGGAGUCACUGCUGAAUGACGCUGUCACCGUGGUCCUGUACAACGUGUUUGAAUCUUUCGUGAACCUGGGUGGUGACAAGGUGACUGGCGUGGAUUGCUUGAAAGGCAUAGUGUCCUUCUUCGUGGUGAGCCUGGGGGGCACGCUGGUGGGGGUCUUGUAUGCCUUCCUGCUCUCGUUCGUGACCCGCUUCACCAAGCACGUGCGCACCAUCGAGCCCGGCUUUGUGUUCGUCAUCUCCUACCUGUCCUACCUCACCUCCGAGAUGCUGUCCCUGUCGGCCAUCCUGGCCAUCACCUUCUGCGGCAUCUGCUGUCAGAAGUACGUGAAGGCCAACAUCUCGGAGCAGUCCUCCACCACCGUGCGCUACACCAUGAAGAUGCUGGCGAGCGGGGCCGAGACCAUCAUCUUCAUGUUCCUGGGCAUCUCAGCGGUGGACCCCCAGAUCUGGAGGUGGAACACGGCCUUCGUGCUGCUGACGCUGGUCUUCAUCUCCGUGUACCGGGCCAUUGGUGUUGUCCUGCAGACCUGGAUCCUGAACCGGUACCGCAUGGUGCAGCUGGAGAUCAUAGACCAGGUGGUCAUGUCCUAUGGCGGCCUGCGCGGGGCUGUGGCCUUUGCCCUGGUGGUCCUUCUGGAUGAGGACAAGGUCAAGGAGAAGAAACUGUUUGUCAGCACCACCAUCAUCGUCAUCUACUUCACUGUCAUCUUCCAGGGCCUGACCAUCAAGCCCCUGGUGCAGUGGCUGAAGGUGAAGAGGAGUGAGCACCGCGAGCCCAAACUCAACGAGAAGCUGCAUGGCCGGGCUUUUGACCACAUCCUCUCGGCCAUCGAGGACAUAUCAGGGCAAAUCGGACACAAUUAUCUCAGAGACAAGUGGUCCAAUUUUGACAGGAGAUUCCUCAGCAAAAUCCUUAUGAGGAGGUCGGCCCAAAAGUCACGAGAUCGAAUUCUAAAUGUUUUCCAUGAGCUCAACCUGAAGGACGCCAUCAGCUAUGUGGCCGAGGGAGAGCGCCGCGGGUCCCUGGCCUUCAUCCGCUCCCCCAGCACUGACAACGUGGUCAAUGUCGACUUCAGCACGCCGCGCCCGUCCACCGUGGAGGCCUCCGUCUCCUACCUGCUGAGGGAGAACGUUAGUGCGGUGUGCCUGGACAUGCAGUCCCUGGAGCAGAGGCGGAGGAGCAUCCGCGACACAGAGGACAUGGUCACUCACCACACGCUGCAGCAGUACCUGUACAAGCCCCGGCAGGAGUACAAACAUCUCUACAGUCGACAUGAGCUAACUCCAGAGGAAGACGAGAAGCAGGACAAGGAGAUCUUCCACAGGACCAUGAGGAAGCGCCUGGAGUCCUUCAAGUCGACCAAGCUGGGCAUCAACCAGAACAAGAAGGCGGCCAAACUGUACAAGCGAGAGCGUGCCCAGAAGCGGAGAAACAGCAGCAUUCCCAAUGGCAAACUGCCAAUGGAGAGCCCCAUACACAAUUUCACCAUUAAGGAAAAAGAUUUGGAACUUUCAGACCCGGAGGAGACCCCCAACUACGAUGCUGAAGAGAUGAGCGGGGGGAUCGAGUUCCUGGCGAAUGUCACAAGGGACACAGCAACAGACUCCCCCUCAGGAAUUGACAACCCUGUGUUCUCCCCGGAUGAGGACCCGAGCAUCCUGUCCAGGGUGCCACCCUGGCAGUCUCCCGGGGAGACAGUGGUGCCCUCCCAGAGGGCCCGUGUGCAGAUCCCCCAAUCUCCGGGCAACUUCCACCGCCUGGCUCCCUUCCGCCUCAGCAACAAGUCUGUGGACUCCUUCCUGAUGGCCGAGGGCCCCAAGGAGCAGCCCCACACCACUCUGCCUGAGUCCACGCACAUGUGACACAGGCUCUGAUGCGCCGCUGACGGGACGCACGUCCCCGCGCGAGGUAGUGCCCGCCGCUGAGAAGCCUCCGCGCCUGUUCGCCCCACCCCUGCCCCACCCGGCCCCGGCAAUUGCAUCCCCGGCCCAGCCCACUGCCCAGAACCCAGGGCCCGCUGCGCUGCCAGACCUCGAACUGGGGGCGGGCCCUAUGUCGGAGGCCGGUCCUGCGUCGGAGGCGGGGCCUACGCAGGGGGCGGGAUUGGAGCGCCGGGGACUGCCGGGCGCGCACGCGCGUUCGGCGGCGGCGCGCCGUGUGCACAGCCGGCGCUCGUUCCAGCGGCCCCGCGCUCGCCGCCGCCCGGCACUGCUCAAGCUCGCGUCGCUGCAACCAUCGUUCCAUGCUCCGCCGCAUGCACUAGAGCAAGAGGAGACGCCCCUGUGACGGAUGCGACCUCCCAGGUGUCCCCUCCUUGGCCUUGACCCGGGGUCUUCCCGCCGAGGCCUGGGGCAGCCUUGAGCGCCACUCCCCCCGCCUCAUCCAGAGUCUGGGUGUGGGAUCAGCAGCAGGAGGACCAAAAGUCUGCAAGGCCUGAACCUCGAAAUUGCGUGGCGCCACCUGCAGAGUGCAGGGGAGCCCCUGUGGAACAAGAAGUUGACAGUGGCCAAGCCUCCAGCUUCUGGGAGAUCUGAACAGGUGCCCUUGUAAGGAGACUGCCUCGUGGGUCCCUUCUGUACACCUGUCCUGGUUUUGAACUGAGUUGGCACUUAGUACUCUUCCCGCUGUCACCCCUGACUCAGGACUGGAAGGGCCCUGGGACUCCAGAGGCCACGCUCCGCGUUUGAGUUCUUGUCACUUUUAAUGUUCCUUCUCUCUCUCAUCAGCACUGUCAGGGAAACUGAGACCCAAGAAAAAUGAUUUUUUCCCACAUGGUACCAACCUAAUUUCAGGCCCAGGCUGGCCUCUCUCAGGGCCCCAGGAGGUCAGAAGCCCUGGCUCCAGGAGCAAUUCAUAGGCCCAGGGGUCGGGGCUGUGGUCAUCCAAGGCCUGGGUGAUACCAUGUCCACUAACCAAUUCUGUGAACCACCUGCCACCUCAUGGACUCAGUACAAUUGCAGAAACAUCUGUUCAUUCAUCCUUUUUGUGUUGAGACUUCUAAAGCCCAGCACUUGUCUGGUCUGGUCUCAGUGCCACAGCCUCUGAGUACCAGGUGCUGCUCCAUACUCAAAACACCUGCUCUCUGGCCUGA